AUCCAGGUCGUUAGAGAGAAAGAGAGCAACUCUGAGACAAACUCUGAGAGCGACAGUGAUCGAGAGAGAGAGAGACGCCAACUCUGAGAGCGAAAAAAUAAUAGAGGUUUGGGUUUGUUUUGGAAGAGGUCCGGUUUCAGUACAGAGAUUGGGAGAGACAGAAACACUGAUAGCGAAGUAGAGGUCCAUAGCAAGAUUUGGAUCGGGUUCGUUUCGUUUUGUUUUGUAUCCAGAGAGCUAUUCGUAUAGAAUCUUCGCAUAAUUGGUGGUUUAAGAUUUUACUCAUUUUAGUGAUCGGUUGGCCUGGUUUGAGAUUUUGAAGCUUCACAACAUAUUUGACAACGGCGAAAGAGAGAAAAGAAGAAGAGAGAAGGGAAAAUCUUGAUUAAAACUAAUCAAGCCAACCAAUAAAAUUGUAACGUUCCUGCUAUAGGAUUAUAUCCAGUGCUUUCCGUGUUGAAUAACCACAGUUUCUCCCUAGAAGAUUACAUUUGUCAUCAAAACUUGGUAAAUUCAUAUUUGAUGGUGCUGCACUUGCACAAAUUCCUCAAGCAACCAUCACAAGUAGGCACAAUCCAGCAAAUCAAUCUAGCAGCUGCAUGCACAACAACUUUGAAUUUAGCUGCUACAUUCAUUUGCUAAAGCCACUGCAAUAUUAAUAUUGAUCUGCCUGAAGUGCAAGAAAUUUAUACUUUCCGAUACUAUUAUAUUCAGCAUUUGGUUGUUGCUACUUUGCAUUUCUUUCCCUUUGCGUACUCAUCAAGUGUGCUUAAUAUCUGGAUGAAGAUUCACAGUUGAAGGCUAUAGACUUUGGCCUGUCAAAUUUUGUGAAACCAGCCAAAGAGCACACAAUGACCAAUGCAGGUGUUUCAUCUUUCAGUAACAUCUUUCUUUGCAACUUCAGGUGAUCUCAUAAUUCAAGUGAAGGGAAGCAGAUAUUUGCUUCACAAGGUCACACAUUGUAGCUGCUAGCAGAAGUGUUGAGUUCCUGGACAACUGAGGAAGUUGAGAAGGGAAACUUGAUAUAUAAGCUUCAAGCGUUCUUCAAAUCUUGCCCAUCGAGGGACAGAAUUUCCACUCUACAAUGCACGAAGGUGACGACCUUUCAGAUCAGUACACAAACAAGCUUCAGGGUUGUUUGAAACUGAAAACUUCAUUUGAUUUUUGUCUAUACAAGGGGUUUUAUUUGUAAUAAUAGUAAAUCCCGCAGCAAGGCGCGGGCAAAUUUUCUAGUAUAUCUAAAGCCCCCGGUUCAUCACUGUUCAAAAUGAAGUACCGCUUUUGCCCUUGCUGUCUCCGUCAAUUACAAGUCUGCCAUUCUUCGUACGCGAUGGUUUCUGUUCUAGUCUGACGGUGGUGGUGUUUCACAAUAGAAAUCAUUUACCAGAGCUCAUAAUCUCAUCAUCAUCGUGUUCGAUCCCCUCUGAUUCAGUAGAAGAAGAAGUCGAAGCAGUUUUAUACGAGACUCGAGUCUGCGAGAUUCAGAUCGGUGGAGAGAAGAGCGUUUCGUAUCGAAGAUAGUUGGGGUACGAGAAAGAAGAGGAGAGAUUGAAGAUUUUGGUCGAAGAGGUUGCUGGGUUUUCGAAGAGGUGUCUGUUUGAUUUGGGUAUAUCUGUGGUUGCUGAUAAGCUGUGGACGUGCGUUUGUCAAGAGCGUGGACGUGUGUUGAUUAUCAUUGGUAACGUAUAAAUGGCCCAAGGUGGAGGGAGCUCUAAACCCCCAGUCCCACAAAUCGCCAUAGAAAGCCGUCAGCAGGCUCUCUUGGACGCUCAGUCUCGGCUUCAAUUCAAGAAAUUUACAAGACGAUGAAGGAGGCAUUGGAUUUUGUACUGUCCAUGGAAUUCUGGAGAAUGGGCCUGCGAUGGACUCUCAGUCUUCUCAUCUCUUACUGGCACCUCCUCUUUGCCUCGACUACUACUCCUCCUUCCAGAUCACCGCCUCCCUCAUCUCCGUCGAGGCCCGUCUGCAUCAUCACCGGCGCGACUUCUGGAUUGGGCGCCGCCGCGGCCCAUGCUCUCUCCGCUCGUGGCUUCUUUGUGGUUCUCGUUGGACGCUCAUCUCGCUUGUUAGAAAAGACGAUGAUGGAAAUUAAGAGGAAGAAUGAGAGUGCACAGCUGAAAGCUUUCGAGGUUGAUCUCUCAUCAUUCCAGUCGAUUCUUCAGUUUAAAGCCUCCCUACAGCAGUGGCUUUCCGACUCGCAAAUGCACUCUUCGAUCCAUCUCCUAAUUAACAAUGCUGGAAUACUUGCUACCUCGUCUAGAUUCACCUCUGAAGGCUAUGAUCAGAUGAUGGCUACAAAUUACUUGAGUGCAUUUUUUCUUAGUAAACUAUUGUUACCGCUUCUCAGAAACAGCUUGAUUCCUUCCCGUAUAGUGAAUGUCACAUCUUUCACACAUCGAAGUGUAUCGAAUAUACAGGUUGCCAAGGAUACUGUAUCUGGGAAGUGCUUCAGCAGAUUAAAAAGAUACCCAUAUGCUCAUGUAUAUGAGUAUUCCAAAUUGUUUCUACUGCUCUUCUCCUAUGAGCUUCAUCGCCAACUUGGCUUGAUGGACAUAUCUCGUCACGUCUCCGUCAUUGCUGUGGAUCCUGGUGUUGUUGAAACCAACAUCUUGCGAGAAGUUCCUCCAUGCCUAUCCAGUUUGGCCAAUAAAGUUUUGAGAAGUCUUUGGUUCUUGCAGUCACCUGAAGUUGGAAUCAGUUCCAUUCUCGAUGCAGCAUUUGCUCCACCAGAAACAUCUGGAGUUUACUUUUUUGGUGGAAAGGGCAACACUGUCAGCUCUUCUAUGCUUUCAUAUGAUGCCAAACUUGCACAGGAACUUUGGAGUGCAUCGUCUGAUCUGUUUUUAGAGUCACAGCUUGCUUUCAAGGAAACCUCCACUUCUGUAUCAAACUUUGUAUCAUAGGCGUUCCGUUUUAAUUGCCAUAGAAGCAGUAAUGCUUUUCCUAGCUGUGAUCGGUCUUUUUCUGUCCGUCCUUCGGCACCAACAUGCAAUUCACAUAUUCAUUGUUAGUGGAUGGCUACUUGUUGCAAUUACAUUCAUUCUUUGUGGAGCCUUUGUGAUCCUCAACAAUGCUGUUUCUGACACCUGUAUGGCAAUGGAAGAAUGGGUAGAAAAUCCCCACGCUGAAACAGCACUUAGCAAUGUCCUUCCAUGUGUUGACCAAAAAACCACAAACCACACACUGAGCCAGAGUAAAGGAAUUAUCAAUGACAUGGUCACUGUUGUCAACACGUUCAUCUACACCUAUGCCAAUACGUAUCCAUCGCAUUCUGAUCUGUAUUAUUACAAUCAGUCUGGACCUCUGAUGCCAGCUCUUUGUUACCCAUAUGAUUCUGAGUUAAGAGAUACUCAGUGUGGGGAUCAACAGGUGUCUAUUACAAAUGCUUCUUUGGUUUGGCAGAACUAUACAUGUGAAGUCUCAGCAUCUGGGAUGUGCAUCACUCCCGGAAGGGUGAAGCCAGAGAUCUACACUCAGCUAGUUGCAGUAGUUAAUGAGAGCUAUGCACUACAGCACUAAACCCCUCCUUUACUCAGCCUCCAAGAAUGUAAUUUUGUCCAAGACACAUUUCGAACAAUCACCUCGAGUUAUUGCCCCCCAUUGGACCACUACCUGAAAAUUGUGAAUGCAGGUUUGGCCCUGAUAUCAGUUGGAGUCUUGCUCUGUCUUCUUCUCUGGGUACUCUAUGCAAACCGCCCCCAAAGGGAGGAAGCGUUUGCGAAACAAUCCUUACCCGUAAAAGACAAAAGUAUGAAGAGCAGUUCAAACAAUCAUAGUCAUAAUAGCAGCAGCGAUGUAACAUCAUCAAACAUAUCAAACGGAGUCUAAGCUUGAAGAUUAGAAUCCAGUUAUACAAAUUUAGAGUCAUUAUUAAGAAAAAUGAAAACCGAGUGGAGCGAAGUUCCAUUCCGAGUUAAGUUUAGUCGAGUGUAGUAUUGUAAUCCAGAUUCUUAUGUACAGAUUCGCCUAUUGCAAUGAUCUCAAAUUUGCUUUCAUUUC